UUGUAAAUCACAAACGAUGUACAAACGAAAUACGCUAAGAAAAAUUGAAAAUAAUCAUAUUUUAUUAUUCCUUCCGGCUAGGUUUAUAUAGAUUGUUCAUAGCUGUGGUCGGUGUUAGGCAGUGUGGGCCAGCGUCGCUGAGAAAUAAAAGCAUUUAAUCUGAAAAAUGGCGGCCAAUAUCAAUGAUGUAUUCAGUGAAAAUUUGCAAAAUGCAAUACUUCAGAGUAAAGUACUUAUUGUGGGUGCUGGUGGAAUUGGAUGUGAAAUAUUAAAGAAUCUUGUUAUGACAGGGUUUAUGGAUAUUGAGAUCAUUGAUCUAGAUACUAUUGAUGUUAGCAAUUUAAAUAGACAGUUUUUAUUUCAAAAGAAACAUGUAGGAAAGUCAAAAGCUGAAGUUGCAAAAGAAACAGCAUUAACAUUUAAUCCUGAUGUAAAAAUAAUUCAUUACCAUGACAGUAUUACAUCUUCAGAUUAUGGAGUAUCAUUUUUUAAAAAGUUCACAUUAGUUAUGAAUGCACUUGAUAAUAGAGCAGCCAGAAAUCAUGUGAAUAGAAUGUGUUUAGCAGCAGAUGUGCCAUUGAUUGAAUCUGGUACAGCUGGUUACGAAGGACAAGUAGAACUUAUAAAAAAAGGUUUAAGCCAGUGUUAUGAAUGUACACCAAAAGCUGCACAGAAAACUUUUCCAGGUUGUACAAUUCGUAAUACACCUAGCGAACCUAUUCACUGCAUAGUUUGGGCUAAACACUUGUUCAAUCAAUUAUUCGGUGAAGAAGAUCCAGAUCAAGAUGUUUCUCCAGAUACUGCUGAUCCUGAAGCAGCAGAUUCUGCAGGCCAAGGUGCUUUAAAUUCAGAAUCAAAUGAAAAAGGAAAUAUUAAUAGAGUUUCAACUAGAAUUUGGGCACAAUCCUGUAAUUAUGAUCCAGAAAAAUUGUUUACAAAAUUAUUUCAUGAUGAUAUAAAAUAUUUACUUAGUAUGGAUAAUUUAUGGAAAAAAAGAAGACCACCUACUCCCUUAAAUUGGAAAGAAUUACCGGAUGGAGUACCAGGAUGUAGUAAAGAAGUUAAUGAACCUGGCUUAAAAGAUUUACAACGUUGGAGUAUUUCUAAAUGUGGUACAAUAUUUGCUGAAUCAAUAAAAAAUUUAAGUAAAACUCUAAAAACUUCUCAAGAUAAAUCAUCAACUGAUCAUCUCAUUUGGGAUAAAGAUGAUCAAAGUUCAAUGGAUUUUGUUGCAGCAUGUACUAAUAUAAGGGCUUACAUUUUUGGUAUACCACAGAAAACGAGAUUUGACAUAAAAUCAAUGGCAGGCAACAUAAUUCCAGCAAUUGCAACUACGAAUGCAAUAGUAGCUGGUUUAGUUGUUCUUCACGCAUUCCGUAUUCUUGAAAAUAACUUAAAAGCAUGUAGAUCUGUAUAUUUGCGUUCAAAAAUGAAUCACCGCAAUCAGUUGUUGGUGCCCGAAAAGAACGUGAAUCCACCAAAUCCAAAGUGUUAUGUAUGUGCACCCACACCACAAGCUGUGCUAGCUAUUGAUACUGCUAAAGCGACAAUCAAAGAGUUAGAUGAAGUAGUACUAAAGAAUAGAUUGAAUAUGAUUGCUCCAGAUGUUAUAAUAGACGGUACUGGCACUGUUGUCAUUAGCAGUGAAGAGGGAGAAACCGAACAAAAUAAUAAUAAAUUCUUAGAACAGUUAGGAAUUAAAGAUGGUUCUAUACUCAAAGUUGAUGAUUUUCAACAAAAUUAUUCGUUAACUGUAACUGUAGUGCAUAGAGAACGACCAAAUGUAAAAGAUGAUAGUCCAGAUUUUCUCAUCUUGGCUGAUGAAAAAGACCUUAAACCUAAAGAAGACAAUGAUUUAAUAAAGCCAUCUACCUCAAACGGACGGGUGGGUCGCUCUGAUGAUAAUGUAACGAUCAUUGAAACUGAAACUCCAUCGGAUAUGAUAAAGAAACGUAAAAUUGAAACUGCUGAAGAUUUCCUCAUGUUGGCUGAUGAAAAAGACCUUAAACCUAAAGAAGAUAAUGAUUUAAUAAAGCCAUCUACCUCAAAUGGACAGGUGGAUCUAUCUGAUGAUAAUGUAAUGAUCGUUGAAACUGAUACUCCGUCGGAUAUGAUAAAGAAACGUAAAAUUGAAACUGCUGUAGAAGUUACAUCUUCAAAGAAACAAAAAUUGGCAGUUAAUGAUGUGGAUGAUGAUGUUUGUAUUAUUGAAAAUGAUAUUAAUAAUGAUGGUACUACUGAUAAAGGAAAGCCGAAAUCUAAAACACGUAAGAAUUCAGAAGAUGACGACUGUUUGAUUGUAUAUGAUGAUAAUAUGCAAACAGUUGCGACUUCGCAGUGAGUGAAUAAAAUAAGCCAAAAUAUUUAAUUUAUAAUUUUGAAACAAAAACUUGAGGACACAAAAUUCUUAAGUUUAUUAAUCAAUUUUGUAUAAAAUCAUUUGUUGAUAUAGAAUUGUGCAGACGUACUAGUUCCAGCAGUUAUGUUGUGCGAUUCAGUUUUCGAUUAAAGCAUUGGUAUCAUUUUUUAAAUGCAAUUCAUAAAUAAGUAAAUAACACAAUUAAGUUUAUAAUACGAGUGAUGGCAUACUAUGAGAGUGGAUGUGUACGUGUCAGUAAUGUUAUUGAAAUUAUAAUUUGAAUAAAAUGUAUUUUAAUUUCUGCAGAUAUUUAA